AUGAGAUGGCUAGCAAGCAUUUCAACCUUCCUCGGAGCGGUUUCGUUUGCCUCUGCGGUGGUGGACGAUCCAGCCAAAGACGCGACCCCAUAUAUGGACUCCUUCCCACUGUUUCGAAGCUCCAACAUGGCCAACCCCGAUAAGCUGUCAAGUGGGGUUGGUUUUCAUUCAUUCAGGAUUCCGGCCGUGGUGAGAACCAGUACUGGACGCAUUCUGGCCUUUUCUGAAGGCCGGCGAUGGAGUAAUCUGGAUUACGGCGACAUCAAUCUUGUCUACAAAAGAACUAAAACAACAACCAAUAAUGGUGUUGCAAUACAGGAUUGGGAAUCGUUGCGUGAAGUUGUAGGAGCUGGCCAAGGGACCUGGGGCAAUCCGACUCCAGUAGUCGAUGGUGAAUUCAUUUAUCUCUUCAUGUCAUGGAAUGCAGCGGGCUACAGUCAAAAUGGUCAACUACUUGCUGACGGAACUAGCACCAAGAAGAUUAACACUAGUUGGGAAGGCCGUCGUCAUCUAUAUCUGACCAAGAGUACUGAUGAUGGAAACACCUGGUCAACUCCGGAAGAUGUCACACUUUCUCUCACGCCAAAUAACUGGGCGUGGGACGCAGUUGGCCCAGGAAUUGGCAUCAAGACUACGACUGGAGAGCUUGUUGUGCCAGCUCAACGCCGCAAUAUCAUUGGCCGAGGGCCCCCAGGAAACCGAACUUGGUCAAUGCAAGAACUCAGCGAUGGUGGCUCAGAAUCGACUAUCUGCCAAACCCCAGACGGGAACCUCUAUCGUAACGACCGUCCGGGAAAGGCUGGUUAUCGUUCCGUCGCUCGUGGGACGUUGAGCAGCUUUGGAAAAUUCGCAACCGACAUCGGUCUCCCCGAUCCAGCAUGUGAAGGUUCAGUCAUGCUAUAUAAUCUUGCCUCAUCUGCUGGACCUGCGCGAGUAAUAUUCUUGAACUCUGCCAGUCAAGACAGUCGACGGAAUAUGCGCGUCAGGAUCAGCUAUGACUCAGACACAAGGAAGUUCGACUAUGGCCGCAAGCUUAGCGACGCUGCAGUAUCUGGAGUUGGGAACGAAGGCGGCUACUCAAGCAUGACCAAAACACAGGACGCAAAGAUUGGUGCCUUGGUAGAAACCGAUUUCUACAAUGCGAAAGGAGGAGCAGACUCGCAUAGAGCAAUAUUGUGGAGACGCUUCAAUCUCUCUUGGAUCCUCAAUGGCCCGAACAACUAA